AUGGCCUCACUCAGAGCCACUACACCUACCGCGCGGCGAGCGCUGGCUCGGCCAACGCUCCUCGCGCAGCACCCUCUUCGCGCACGAGCGCUCGUUCCGGCUUCUCGGCAGCUCUCAACCACUCCUCUCACCCGCAAUAGCACACCCACAAAAAGCACCAGCGUCGGCAACGUCACCACCCCAGGCUUCAAGCCGCGCCCCACCUCUGGUCCCAACGCUGUCCGUGUCGGAACACUCUUCACCUCGCUGAUCGCCCUCGCGGUCGCCGUCACCGGCUACGGCCUGUACGAGUACUACACGUCCUUCUCCGCCUGGCCCGUGUCGAUCCGGGAUGACCUGCGUGCAGCCCUCAAGGCGCGGAACCGAGGAGACGUGCGUAGGGCCGAGUCGUACUUCCGGAAAGCUCUCGCUACGGCACGCGGGAUCAAGGGUGAGCUGAAUGAGGCUACGCCCACGCCUAAGGGUGCUGACCCGGGGGAGAAGGGCGAGGCGAUGCUCAAGAUCUCUGGUAUCGCAAUCGCACUCGCUGCACUGCUGGAGGGAGAAGGGAGGGUGGAGGAGAGCUAUGCGGUGCUCGAGGAUGUGUGGGAUGAGAUCAUGGAGCGGGGGAAAUAUGAGGGUGUGAUUGCGGAGAAGGGUGAGUGGAAGCGGGGCCAGAGGGAUCGAAUGCGUGCGGUGCAGAUUGCGCAGAAGCUGGGUCAGCUGGGUCAAUUGCCCGAGGUCCGCGUUGCGCUAUUGGAGAAGGCCAAGCUGGCAUCUGUCGGCGAUGAGGGUGGGGAGAAGUUCAAAUUCGCCCUGACGGGAACGGCAGAGUCGCAAGAUCCCGCCGAACGAUGGCUGGUGUGGAGCGUCGAGGAGCUCUUCCGUCUCGUGCUGCCCGCUGAUGUCCACGCCUCUGCCCUCGCCGCCGCCGCCACUCCCGCCGACGCUCCAUCUUCCGACGCUUCAGCAUCGGCACCGAAGGCGAAACUCAACCCCAUCACCCCACCAACAUCGAUCUCGUUGGCCGACCUCGACCUUCCCGCCUGGGUGACAAAGCUUGAUCUCCUCGCAUCCAUCGAAUCCCUCGGCACCUUCUACGCCGCCAAAGGUCUCCCUGAAUACGCUGUGCCACUGUACCUGCAAACGCUUUCGAUCCUCCUACCGCCCUCGACGUCCGCCUCCCCGACGGCGAGUGAGAGGUGUAAAGCCGGACUGGUGAUGAACAACCUCUCCCAGCUGCUGGCGGGGAGCAACGUCAAGGAUGCGACAAAAUGGGCGAGCAAGGGUCUCGAUAUCACCGAUCGCACGGUGCAGAUGGCCGGCUUUGAGAAGGUGGAAGCGAAGAAGGGGACGGAGUUGGUCCAGUCGUCGGAUGAGAGGACGCAGGAGGUGAGACUGGAAUGUCUGGGCGUCAAGCUGACACUUCUGUACAAUUUGGGCGUGUUGAGCGACAUGGCCGGCGACAAAUGCCAAGCAAGACUCUAUUUCCAGAAGGCCUACGCGCUGGCAGACAAGAUCGGCGGCCCUACGUUCGCUAUUGCAAAGACCAAGGCUGCCGAAAGCCUGGCUCGGUUGGAAAGGCGAGGAGCCAACAAGUGA